CCAUUAUUGGUUGAUUUAAAAAGCACCACAGUAUGGUGCUUUUACUUUGAAGAUUAUUACCGGAAGUUUUUCAGAAGUUAAAUUGAGCUGUGCCGACUCCGCAGUUUUCGGCUGACACCAGAAGGCACGGGCACGGCAGAGAUGUGGUGGGUGGUGUGGCUCCUUGCUGCCUUAGUGGUUCUCUUCUGCACUCUGGAUGUGUGGUACUUCCUGCGAGCUGGCACCGUGAUCUUGCGGGCCUGGUUUCAACCUCCUGUGUGGGACAUCACAGGAGAGCAGGUCAUAACAGGACGCGUCACUCCGCACGACAUCGACAUGUGCCAUAUGAACAAUGCUCGGUACCUCCGGGAGUGCGACUUUGCCCGCUUCUCUCUUUACAUGCGUAACGGUGUGUUCAAAGCGGUGUGGGCCCUCGGAGGCAACAUGGUGGUGGCGGCCACCACCAUUCGCUACCGCAGGGCCCUGUGUAUAGGAGAGGCUUAUGAUCUGUGCAGUCGGAUUGUAACUUGGGAUGACAAGGCCUUUUUCCUGGAGCAGAGGUUUGUGUCCACAAAAGACAGACUGGUGUGUGCCGUCAUGUACUGCAAGCAGAGUGUGAUACGCUGCAGCCCUGACAAGAUCUUGCAGCACUUGUGUAAAAGGAAGGUGGAGCGCCCUGAGUUUCCAGAAGACCUGCAGCAUUGGGUCAACUUCAUCUCUGCCAGCAGCCACACCCUGAGAGCUGAGAGUUGUCUUGAGGAGAAGAACAAAUAAAGGUGGAUGGGCAGAUAUUCUGUGUUUUUAGCCAAACCAGCCAGUUUAUCUCCACAAGAUAUGUAAUCUUCUCACAGAGACUCUAAACAUCUGCACAGUUAUGUCGCUACUUCACUGUUGUGCCUGUUCUUUGCACUAAGGGUACUUUCAACCCAGUAUUUAAACAUAUGACACAGGAAUAUUGGUGUACAUUGCAUCAAAAACUGUGGUACAUUGCAACUUUUGUAAGUGUAAAUAUGUUUUAUCAGGUAGCAGCAGCAAUAAAACACAUUGAUGGGG